UUUUCCCCUUGUAAUGCUACAUAAUUGAAGCGCAACGGGUACCCAUUCCACUUAUAUACAGGAGCCAUCGAGAAAUCGUUUCAGUUUUCAAUUAAUUUUCCUAACAACUAAAACUUCUCACUGUACUUGAAGGUUUCCAAGAAGAUAAAGAUGUGGGAGUUCACCUCGUCUCCAUGGAUUUUAUCAUUGUUCGUUUUGAUACUAUCUUCCAUUCUUUUCUGGGUGAAAAAAUCGCUCAAAAGCACAUUCACUUACUGGAAUAACCACAGUAUUCCAGUCAUCCCGAGCUCCUCCAUUUUCGGAAACAUCAAGGACAUUGUUCUCUACAGAGAAUGCGCAGCGGAAGUUCUAAAGGAUCUCUACAAAGACCCUGCUACCAACAAGGAACCAGUCACUGGAAUUCGGAUAUUUCACAAACCUGGGUUGCUGAUACGUGAUCUGGAGCUUAUCAAAAGGGUUUUAGUGAAAGAUUUCAAUUACUUUUCCAAUCGUUAUUCUGCCUCCGAUCCGCAUUCCGAUAGCUUAGGGAGCUAUAAUUUAUUUUUUGUAAAAAACCCUCUUUGGAAGCAAAUCCGGUCGAAUCUAACACCGAUUUUUACUAGUGGAAAAAUGAAGCAAUUCUUUUUCUUAGUGAAUGAUAUUGGGAAACAGUUGGACAAAUAUCUUAACGCACUUCCAUUGGAUGAGAAGAAAAAGGCGGUCAACUAUGAGAUAAAAGAACUUUGUGCAUUGUUCACGACAGAUGUGAUAGCAAGUACAGCCUAUGGGAUCGAAGCCAACAGCAUGAACAACCCCGACAGUGAAUUCAGGCAGAAGGGACGAAUCAUCUUUCAGUUCACACCAUGGCGAGCUUUUGAAUUCAUCACAUUUUUCUUCAUCCCCCAACUUGUGUCAAUUUGUAAAUGCAAGGUAUUUUCAAACGGUGCUACUGAUUUUCUACGUUCAACAUUCAACUACAUCCUGAGCGAGCGUGAGAAAUCCAAAAAUACACGAAAUGAUCUCGUCGACCUCCUGAUAUCGGUAAAGAAAUCUGCAAAACUUCGCAUCAAUGACGUAGACGUUAAAAUGGAAGGAGAUAUACUGGUAGCCCAGGCUGCGAUAUUCUUCACUGCAGGUUAUGAAACCACUUCAUCAACUAUGUCAUUCGCGCUCUAUGAACUAGCAAAUGCUCCAGAAGCACAGGAAUGCCUUCGGCAAGAAAUCCGGGAUGUCCUUAUUAAGAAUAAUGGAGAAGUCACUUACGAUAUAAUAUUGAAUAUGAGAUAUAUGCACAUGGUGGUCCAGGAAGUUCUGCGCUUAUAUCCACCAUUACCAUUCUUCGAUCGGCAAUGUGAUGUUCCCAGUAGUGAUUCGAAAGGAUACUCCCUGUCACCAUUCAGUGAUUUUGUGGUACCGGACAAAAUGCCAGUCUAUAUUCCUAUUUAUGCUAUUCAGAGAGAUGAAAAGUACUACCCAAAUCCAAAUAAAUUCGAUCCUGAAAGAUUUUCACCCGAGAACAAGCACAAUAUUGUUCCUUACACUUAUAUGCCAUUCGGAACAGGAGGUCGCGCGUGCAUUGGAGAACGGUUUGGUUUUAUGCAGGCUAAAAUCGGAUUAUUCUAUUUCUUGAAGAACCAUUACGUGAAAACAUCCCCAAAAACGCUUAAACCCAUGAGACUUGAAAAGAGAGCAAUGAUCCUUCAAGCUGAGGGUGGAAUAUACUGUGAUAUUGUCCGGGAUCCAUUGGUAGCAUAAAUUGUUAACUUCGGUACUUUGUUGGUUUUCAAAGGUUUUCGUGGGAAAACGGCAACAUCUUCCUGAGCUAAAUUUUAGAUUAAUUAUAGUGAGAAAUAUAUUUGACCUGAAUAUGCAA